GGGGUGGAAGUACAAGAUGCGAAGAGAGGAAGUCUUUAAGCAAUUUAAUGCGAUCGGAACCCCCCGCCUUUCUUUCAGCCAAUAAGUCAAACCAGUAGGCAGAAAUCUCACUCGCAUUUAUACCGAUGUCCGCAACCAUUCCCACAAAGAAACAAAGCAAAGUAGCAAACCACCUUCAAUUACACGAAAAUCAAAGAUGGGUACAGUUCAAGAAGCUCACAACGUUCGAGUCUUGGGCGCCGGCGACACCACCAUCGUCCUCGGCCAUGGCUUUGGCACCGAUCAAUCUGUGUGGAAGCAUUUGGUCCCUCACCUCGUCGACCAGUACAAAGUCAUACUUUAUGACAACAUGGGCGCCGGCACUACCAACCCGGACUACUUUGAUUUCGAUAGGUACGCGACCCUUGAGGGCUACGCCUACGAUUUGAUCGCAAUUCUGGAGGAAUUCAACGUCGAUAAAUGCGUUUACGUCGGCCAUUCUUUGUCCUCCAUGACCGGUGUCAUCGCGUCCAUCUUCCGCCCGGAUCUGUUCCAUAAGCUCAUCAUGAUUUCUGCCUCUCCAAGGUUUGUGAACACAGACGAUUACUAUGGAGGAUUCGAGCAAGAAGACAUCGAGCAGCUGUGCAACGCGAUGGAGACGAACUACAAGUCGUGGAUCUCCGGGUUCGCGCCGCUGGUGGUGGGCGGCGACAUGGACUCGGUGGCGGUGCAGGAGUUCAGCCGGACGCUGUUCAACAUGCGACCCGACAUAGCUUUGAGCGUGUUCCGGACGAUAUUUACGUUCGAUUCAAGGCAUUUCCUCGGGCGCGUGACUGUCCCCUGCCACAUCAUCCAGAGCUCUAGAGAUUUGGCGGUGCCCGUGGCGGUGGCGGAGUAUCUCCACCAGAAUCUCGGCGGGAAGUCCAUCGUCGAGGUGGUGUCCACGGAAGGCCACCUGCCGCAGCUCAGCGCGCCGGAACUCACGGUUCUGAUGCUGCUUCGACAUAUACAACAUGAUAUCGUUGGUGCUUGAGAAAAUCGUGUAGCCGGAAGAGGUUUGCAUCGUAUUAUGUUUGGUUUUAUGUUUUUGCAUUUCCUAAAAUAAAACUCACUCAAUGUAUAUUUUUGUAUUUAUACAUUUUAUCUGUGUAUUUUUUUUUUCAA